AUGCAGCUAUCUCAGCUCAUUUUACAUACUGAUUCUGCUUAUAUGUGCAUAGCAGAGCUUGGCGAGCUUGGUGUUGUCCAGAUACGUGACGCGAACCCAGAAGUGAAUGCUUUUCAGCGUAAAUUUGUAGACGAAGUUCGUCGCUGUGAUGAAAUGGAACGCAAGUUGCGCUACAUUGAAGGCGAAAUUAUGAAAGAAGGCCUAACGAUUUUGGAGGCUGACGAUACUCCAGAAGCCCCACCACCGAGGGAAAUGAUUGAGCUUGAGUCAACUCUUGAAAAACUAGAAAAUGAAUUAAAAGAAGUCAACCUCAGCGUCAGCCAACUGAAACAAACCUUUAUGGAACUUACAGAAGUUAAGUUCGUAAUUCGUCGAGCUCAAGUCUUCUUCGAAGAGGCUCCUUAUGAAGUCAACAUGACGGUUCAGGCUCCGGAAGUGAUGAUGCUUGAGGAUCCAGAAUCUGCCGAACGCAAGGCUUUGCGGGUUGGAAUGCUUUGGCGGGCCUGUCGCGGCAACGUUUUCCUUCGACACGCCGAGAUCGAAAGCGUCGAAGAUCCUGUAACGGGUGAGCCGUUAAACAAAUGCAUGUUCAUCAUAUUCUUCCAAGGCGAGCAACUGAAAAGUCGAGUGGAAAAAAUUUGUGACGGGUUUCACGCCACGCUCUAUCCUUGCCCCGAUACACAGGAAAAGCGACAAGCCGCUCUGUUGGAUGUAACUGGCCAACGUGAAGACCUCCAGGUUGUACUUACCCGCACUAAUGAUCACCGUGAUCGGGUCCUCCAGACAGCUUCGAUGAGCCUACGUCAGUGGUUUGUCAAAGUGCGAAAAAUGAAAGCCAUCUAUCACACCCUAAAUCUGUUCAAUCUCGACGUGACCACCAAGUGUAUGAUUGGGGAGUGUUGGUCAGCGGUCUCGGACCUUGACGUCAUCCGUAUGGCUCUGCGACGGGGCAUGGAACGCUCAAAUAGUACACUGCAACCUAUUCUUAAUGGACUUAGGACCACGGAGAACCCACCAACCUUUCACAGGGUGAACAAAUUUACUGCUGGUUAUCAGAACAUUGUCGAUGCUUACGGAGUGGCUAACUAUCGCGAGGUCAACCCCGCGCUUUUUACUAUCAUCACCUUUCCGUUCCUCUUUGCUGUUAUGUUCGGCGACGCUGGUCACGGAUUGAUAAUGUUUCUGUUUGGUCUGUGGAUGGUCCUAUGUGAGAACAAGCUGGAGGCUAAGAAAAUCAAAGACGAAUUAUGGAAUACCUUCUUUGGCGGCCGUUACAUCAUCCUGCUCAUGGGGGCUUUCUCCAUCUACACUGGCAUGAUAUACAAUGAUAUCUUUUCCAAGUCAGCUAAUAUAUUCGGCUCCAGGUGGCAUCCACGCUAUGACAACAAGACCCUUGUGCUCAAUCCGAGUCUACAACUUAAUCCCUUGCCUAUCACGAACGCGACAGGAAUGUUUUCAGGAUACCCGUAUCCCUUUGGCGUCGACCCCGUGUGGCAGGUGUCCGGCAAUAUGAUAAUGUUCUCAAAUUCCCUGAAAAUGAAGAUGUCCAUAAUAAUCGGCGUGCUACAUAUGUUGUUCGGUGUUUCUUUGGGCGCUUUCAAUCACCGUCCUCUGUCUGGGUUUAAUUUCAGAUUCUUCAAUGAUCCCCUGGCUAUCUACUGUGAAUUCAUACCACAAGUGCUUUUCUUAUCCUGCAUUUUUGGUUACCUCUCCAUUACAAUUAUCUACAAGUGGAUCGCCUUUGAUUCGACACAGGCCUCUGUGGCUCCUAGUCUCCUCAUCAGUACGUUUUUUUUACAUAUGCUUAUCUAG